CUCGUCUCCCUCCCAUCGACGUACGUCUGUCAAUCAACGCACGCUAUAUACGCGACGUGUUCAAGUAACUGCGCACUAAUCGCGGUCUGGUUUGGUUAAGGCAUUUUCAUUGAGCAUUAAAGAGACGAAAGGAUUGUAGAACGUGAUAGCGAUUGCUUGGGUGGGCGAUGGGGCUGAUGCCUUCACUGGAUCGGCUACUCCGCCGCCGCUUGCAUUGUUCUUUCGACGAGAUGGCACCUCGCCGUGCACAGACCCCGGCAUGCCGCAUGCUUCAUAGUGUCAGAAGUCCUGGGAGUGCCACACUUGGCUUGACAUAAGGUACAGCAAGCGAGGAAGCAUGUGAUUGAACUUUUCUUGCGAUGCAAUGCGUAGUAUUGACUAAAUUCAAUCAAUUGUACGGCAUUGCACACGAUGGCCGCGGUAUAUCGCUCGUUGUCGAAGAGCAAGGCGAACGGGCAGACGCAAGAACACAAUGGAGACGACCGGCCAAGGAAUAGACAGAGAGUGCUCAUGCUCACGUCUAGAGGCGUGACACAUCGCAACCGCCACCUCCUAGCAGACCUCUACUCCCUCCUGCCCCACAGCCGCAAAGACGCCAAACUCGACUCCAAGAAGAACCUCGCCGAACUCAAUGAGCUCGCCGACCUGCACAACUGCAACAACAUCCUCUUCUUCGAAGCGCGCAAAGCCAAAGACCUCUACCUGUGGCUCUCCAAACCUCCCAACGGCCCCACCGUCAAAUUCCACUGCCAGAACGUGCACACGAUGGAAGAGCUCAACUUCACCGGCAACUGCCUCAAGGGAUCCCGACCUAUCCUGUCUUUCGACGCGAGUUUCGACAAACAAGCGCAUCUCCGUGUUGUCAAAGAGCUGCUGACGCAUACCUUUGGCGUGCCGCAGGCGAGUAGGAAGGUGAAACCGUUCGUUGAUCAUGUUACGGGGUUCACGAUAGCGGGGAACAAGAUUUGGAUACGGAAUUACCAGAUUGCGGAGACGGAGCAAGCGAAGGGCAAGAAGCCCGGUGAUCAGGAGAACCAGGAGCCACCAGCGGCUGUCUCGGCGCCGAAGGAAGGUAAAGGCGACACGACCGUCUCUCUAGUUGAGAUCGGGCCUCGCUUCGUGCUCACGCCGAUUGUGGUGCUGGAGGGUAGCUUUGGCGGGCCGGUGAUAUAUGAGAAUAGAGAGUUUGUCAGUCCGAAUCAAGUCCGGGCAGAUCUGCGGAGGACGAAGGCGGGGAGGUAUAAUAAGCGGGCGGAGGGGACGUUGGAGCGGAAGGUGAAAAGACGUGAUCUGGGUUUGAGGACGGGCGAGGGGAGGAGGGAGAUUGAUGAGCUUGAUGAGCGGGUGCUGUUUGCUUGAGGGUUAAAUGGUGUGGUCGUAGGCCAAUAUGUUGAUACGGUAUAGCGUGGCGUUGGUGGUAGUGUGAAAAAGAUACCCAUAUCAAGCGCAGAGUGCGAGGUCAGUAUAUGGAACGAAGCGUC